AUGCCAAAGAGAAACUAUAAGAAAAACACAAAGGGGAAAGGUUUUGACAAGAGGCAGAGUGUUGAAGUCAAGGAAGGAUGGACGGAUGCGCCCAGAGACAGCGAAGUUUGGGAGAAAUACUACAAGACAUUGAACCUCAUACCUGAGGAGGAAUGGGAUACAUUCAAACAAACCUGUCAAACUAACCUACCAAUGACCUUCAGAAUCACCGGCAGUCGGAAACACGCAGAGGAGAUUAGAAACAUCUUUCUCGAGAGACACGUGAGCAAACUCGAGGGGAAAACUUUCGAAGGCACGGAUAUAACACCAAAGAACAUUGCGUUUUAUCCAGACAAACUCGGAUGGCAGAUCGAUGUCAGUAAGCAAGUCAUCAAAAAGCAAAAGGACUUUGCCAAAACUCAGAGGUUCCUCGUGUUGGAAACUGAAGUGGGCAAUAUCAGUCGACAGGAGGCCGUGUCCAUGAUCCCACCUUUGCUUUUGGACGUCAAGCCCGAACAUUAUGUGUUGGACUUGUGUGCUGCGCCAGGGUCCAAAACGGCUCAGCUCGUGGAAGCAUUGCACGCCAACGACGAGCAAAGCUUACCCACGGGAUUUGUCUUGGCCAACGAUGCCGAUUACAAACGAAGCCACAUGUUGGUGCACCAGAUCAAGAGAUUGAACUCGCCAAAUUUCUUGGUUGUCAAUCAUGAUGCCCAGUUGUUCCCACGAAUAAAGCUCAACGGCCACACUGAAAACCUCAAGUUUGAUAGAAUCCUUUGUGACGUGCCGUGUUCUGGUGACGCCACCAUGAGAAAGAAUUUCAACGUUUGGAAGGAUUUCCGGGUAGGGAAUGCCCUUGGUUUACACCCCUUGCAGUGCAACAUCUUGAAUCGUGGGUUGCAAUUGUUGAAGAAUGGAGGCAGACUUGUUUACUCGACGUGUUCCUUGUCUCCAGUUGAAAAUGAGGCCGUUGUCGCGGACGCGUUGCGCAAGUGGGGGAACAAAGUCAAAUUGGUCAAUGUCGAUGACGAAUUACCGGGCUUGAAGAGACGCCAAGGUGUCGCUGAUUGGAAGGUUUUCGGUAAGGAUAUGGAGAUUAAGGAAAAAGGUGAUGUCUGCGAUUUGCCAGAAUCCGUGUUCCCACCCACGCACGAAGAGGCGGAAAGAUUCCACUUGGAGAAUUGCGUCAGAGUAUAUCCACAUUUGCAAAACACUGGUGGGUUUUUCAUUACUGUUUUUGAGAAGAUAAUAGAUAACGAAAAGGAAACCGGCAAGAGACCAGCUGAGGUAACAACCAACGCUCAAGAAGCUAAAAAACAAAAGGUAGAUGAUGUUAAGGAAAUGGAACCAUCCCAAGAGGUGGAGGCUACUCCAGCUCCAGUCUCAGCUUCAAUUUCGGCAGAGGAAGGGUCAGUUGCAGAAACCGAACCAGAGCAGAGGAAAGAAAGACUUCCAAGAGACGCAAACGAAGAACCUUUUAUCUUCCUCGACCCAAACACUCAAGUCUUGAAAGACUGUUUCCCAUUCUAUGGAUUUUCCGACCUGUUCCAUAGAGACUGUACCCUCGUGAGAAAUGCCACCGGUGAGCCGUUAAGAACAGUCUACUACACAUCACCAAUUAUAAAAGAGCUCCUCACCAUAAAGGAACAGAAAUUAAAGCUAGUCCACGGCGGUAUCAAGCUCUUUGUGUCGCAAAGAAGUGAUGUCGGGUGCCCAUGGCGUGUUCAAUCGGAAGCUUUGCACACCAUUGAGCAUUUUGUUGGCAAGGAGAGACGCUUAAAGUGCAACUUGGAGCUAUUGAGGUAUUUGUUUGUCACGGGAUUCCCCAAGAUUGAAGAUAUCAAGGCAAAAGGAAUCGAUCCCGAAUUCACCGAGGGGAUUGAGAAAAUGGACGAAGGAUGCUUGUUCUUGGAAGUUGAACGUGGAGAUGGUUUGGAAGGAUUGUUUUUACCACUUUGGAAAGGCAAAAGCAACACCAAUCUCAUGGUGAGCAAGAAAGACACUCACGAGUUGCUCUCUCGUGUUUUCGACAUUGACACCUUGGCCAAGGACGAAGGUAAGGAAAUGGCACAUCAAAAGAAAGUCGAAGAAGCUAGAAAGGAGCAACAAAUCCAGGAUGAAAAGGAAAAAACCACCACCGAAGUGGAACAACCGGAGGAAGUCCACACCUAG